GUUUUCCUUUUUCUUCUUCUUCUUCUUGUUUGUUAUCUCCUUUAUUUACUUUCUUGAGUAGUUUUAGUUUUUGCUGAGCAAUUUCUUCUCAAUUCAAGUCGUGUCUAAUCGUUGGGCGUUAAGUUUUCAGCCCAGAGCAGAAACCAAGUGAACGAAAUUGAAGAAAUGGAAUAGGGAUUUGCAGUAAAAGGAUAUAAGACGAAGAAGAAGAGAAGUUUUUGGACGAUGAUAUGUUUGGCCGUGAUUGAUGGGCAGUAGGACGGUGAAUAAUAGUGUAGAAAAUAAUAAGAAAGAUUCAGCAGCUAUGCCGAGCUACGUUCCUUCAGUACCCACUUCAAAUCCCAGUGGCACAGAGGCAAAUGCCGUUCGUUCUUCUCAAAUUCCAGACUUUGGAACCCUUGAGCAUUUCCGCAUAGAGGAUGCUAUUGAUCUUACCAGACAUCCUUUAUUUAAUCAAAUAAAGGCAAAUAGCCAGGCAUUAGCUGAUGCUCAGUUUGGUGCUUUAAGCAAGACACUUGCAUCCGCAGACAGCAAUCACUCUGCUGCUGUUGUGGGGCCCCAACCAUUAUCUGUUCUGAAGGAUAUCCAACCAAAUCUUGCACAUAUAUCAGUUGGUCGGGAGAACUGGGGGGAUUCCAAUAUGGUGGAUGGCAGCCCCAAGACCGAUACGUCAACAGAUGACACUGAUGAGAAGAAUCAAAGGUUUGGAGGAGGUCAAACAAAUGCUACUGCGGCUUCCGAUUUUAGUGACAGGUCAAAAGAUAAAACUGAUCAGAAGACAUUGCGUAGGCUUGCUCAAAAUCGUGAGGCUGCAAGAAAAAGCCGGUUAAGGAAAAAAGCGUAUGUGCAGCAGCUAGAGAGUAGUCGACUGAAACUGACACAACUUGAGCAAGAGCUGCAGCGAGCUCGUCAGCAGGGUAUAUUCAUUUCAAGCUCUGGAGAUCAAUCUCAUUCAACGAGUGGAAAUGGUGCUCUGGCAUUUGAUGCUGAAUACGCACGGUGGCUAGAGGAGCACAAUAGGCAUAUAAAUGAGUUGAGGACUGCGGUCAAUUCACAUGCUGGUGACACUGAACUUCGCACUAUUGUCGACAACGUCACAGCACAGUUCGAUGACAUUUUCCGUUUGAAAGGUAUCGCUGCAAAAGCUGAUGUUUUCCAUAUCUUAUCAGGAAUGUGGAAAACACCAGCCGAACGUUGUUUUCUGUGGAUAGGUGGCUUCCGUUCAUCUGAGCUUCUUAAGCUUCUUGCAAAUCAGUUGGAGCCUCUAACUGAGCAACAGUUCAUGGGUAUCGAGAACUUGCAGCAAUCAUCCCAGCAGGCUGAAGAUGCUUUGUCACAAGGGAUGGAAGCAUUACAACAAUCAUUGGCAGAGACGUUGGCCAAUGGCUCACCUGCCCCAUCGGCACCGUCUGGGAAUGUGGCAAAUUAUAUGGGUCAAAUGGCCAUGGCCAUGGGAAAGCUAGGAACCCUCGAAGGGUUCCUUCGUCAGGCUGAUAAUCUACGCCAGCAGACACUUCAACAGAUGCACCGGAUCCUGACUACCAGGCAAUCAGCUCGUGCCCUUCUUGCAAUAAACGAUUAUUUCUCUCGGCUUCGAGCUCUCAGUUCUCUCUGGCUGGCCCGGCCACGCGAAUGAUCAGUAGAUAUAAAAUCCAUCUCUAUGAAACCCGAGAUUCCAUACCGCUGCCGUUCUUAUUCAACAUCGACAUCCUGAAUCUUCCGGUAAGCAAUGGCUACCUUUGAUGUGUCUAAUGUCGGGAACGAUAACGCUACGUUCGAUUAUAAUGUUGUUGGUAAAGUUGUUGUACGUUGGCUACAGAUUGUUGUAAAAACGAUAGACGAUAGGUCGAAUAAUAAUGUGAUUAGUUUGAUGCUUAGAAUUCAGGAAUAAAAA